GUGAUCAUGACUAAAUACGGUCAUGUCUCUUCUUAAUGACUACAGGUCUAUGAUGAUUUUUUAUAUGACAUCUAUCUCUGUCUCUGUCUAGAAAUCGAAUCCAAAUAGACUGGUUUUAGGUUAAAAAGAGUGUAAAGUAAAGUUGUUCAAUUUUGAUAUAAAUAAGUUGCGUGUUAUGAAAAUUGUUAUGACAAGUCAAAAAGUGCUGUUCUUUUAGUAAACUUUGAAAAAUUAAUAGAUAUUUGACCAGUUUUUUCAAACUUCAAAACGACUUGUCUUGUAAUAAUUAGUGACACACACAUGCUUGAUUUUUAUCAUUAAAUUUGUUUUAUAUUUUUGAGAUAACUUAUUCAUCACUCUAAUCAUCACUAUGGAGGAGAAAAAGAUUCAUUUGGACUUUCAAACCUAUCAAGAAAUUGAAAACCUCACUUCUGUCAAAGAACAAUCCGAGAAGGAUCUCAAAACACUGCAGUCUUCAAUGGAGUAUUUGGAUAUUGCUCAGAAGAAACUCACUGGUUCCCAACAUGUCCUGGAAAAGAUAACACCAGAAAUGAAUGGUAAAGAAGUUUUGGUUCCAUUGACUGGAUCUAUGUAUGUUUAUGGUAACAUAGCUGAUAGUAAUAAUGUAUUGAUUGAUGUUGGAGCUGCCUAUUAUGUUCAAAAGGAUGUAAGCAGCGCAGUUGAUUACUUCAAACGAAAAUCAGUCUUUGUUAAUGAACAAAUGAUGAAGGUGGAGAAGUAUUUAGUUUUGGCUGAAACGAAACAGAGGGAAACUGAGCUGAAAUUACAAGAUAUAUUUGUGAAUAAAUUGUCUGUUAAAGAAUAAGCAUGUAACAUAAUCCAUAAUUUUGAUUAAUAUCUUUCUAACCAUCUAAUUACGUGCUUUAAUUUCUAUUUUGUCAAUAAAUAUUUUAUUGAGUAGCACA